AUGGCGGAGCUUAUGUCCGAGGCUGCUGAUCUUAACCCGCCUGUGAACCCGAGCGACACGGCGAUGGCGUGUUUACAGAGCGAGAAAGCCGAGGCCGAGGGGAGUGACCUAAACCUGGGAGAACUGGACCUCACCACUGACGAGUUUAUCCUGGAUGAAGUGGACAUUCAUAUUCAAGCAAAUCUAGAGGACGAGCUGGUGAAGGAGGCGCUCAGAACGGGCGUGGAUCUGCGGCAGUACUCCAAACAGGUGGAGGCAGAGCUGCAGAGGAUCGAGCAGGCCUCCAUCAAAGACUACAUUAAAGAGAGUCAGAACAUCGCCUCGCUCCACAACCAGAUCACAGCCUGCGACUCCAUCCUCGAGAGGAUGGAAGGCAUGCUGAGUGGUUUCCAGAGCGACCUGUCGUCCAUCAGCAGCGAGAUCCAGAGCCUGCAGCAGCAGUCGGUCAGCAUGAACGUGAGGCUAAAGAACAGACAGGCCACCCGCAGCAACCUGAGCCAGCUGGUGGACGAGCUGGUGGUGCCUGGAGCCAUGAUCAGUAAAAUUCUGGACAGUCCGGUCACAGAACAGGAGUUUUUAGAACAACUGCACGAACUCAACAACAAGAUCAACUUUGCCAAAGAGUUGAGCUUCAGGGAGACGCUGGCGUGCUCAGACAUCCAGGACAUCGUGGACCGACUCAAACUCAAGGCUGUGGCCAAGAUUCGAGAAUUUAUUCUUCAAAAGAUUUACGCCUUCCGGAAACCCAUGACCAACUACCAGAUCCCCCAGAACACUUUACUCAAAUACAGGUUUUUCUACCAGUUCCUUCUGGCCAAUGAGAGAACGGUGGCCAAGGAGAUCCGUGACGAGUAUGUGGACACCAUGAGUAAAAUUUACUUCAGCUACUUCAAGUCCUACAGCAGCCGGCUGCUCAAAGUACAGUAUGAAGAAGUGGCAGACAAAGACGACCUGAUGGGAGUGGAGGACACAGCAAAGAAAGAUAUCCUUUUAGUGAAAAGGAAACGCAAAACUAGAACAUUCUGGGUGAAUGGGGAAACAAGCUCUGGAUUCUUUGUGAACUACGCUUUCCAUUUGGAGUGCGUGUGCUCUGCUGUGGACCUUAACCUCAAAGCAGGUUUCUUCUCCAAGCCAUCUCUAAAAAGCAGAAACACCAUCUUCACAGUGGGCCAGAGGGGGAACAUACUGAGCCCUGCAGAGCUGGAGGGGCCCAUCCUGGUGCCCCACACGGCCCAGAGGGGAGACUGCCGGUAUCCUUAUGAGACGCUGUUCCGCAGUCAGCACUUCGCUCUCCUUGACAACGGUUGCCGUGAGUUCCUCUUCCUCUGCGACUUCUUUAUGGUGACGGGGAACUCAGCCCUGGACCUCUUCAACUGCAUCAUGGGAAAAACUCUGGCCAUGUUCCUGAAAAGCAUGUCCACGUACGUGUCCGACUGCUAUGACAGCAUCGCCGUUUUCCUUUGCAUCCACAUCAUCCUGCGGUUCAGAGCCAUCACGGUCAAGAGGAACAUCCCGGCUCUAGACAAGUACUGGGAGGCCGUGCUAGAGCUGCUGUGGCCUCGUUUUGAGCUCAUCCUGGAGAUGAACAUCCAGAGCAUUCGGAGCACUGACCCUCAGAGGCUGGGACUGCUGGACACCCGGCCACACUACAUCACGCGGCGGUACGCUGAGUUCUCGUCGGCCAUCGUCAGCAUCAACCAGACGUUUCCCAACGAGAGGACCAACACCCUGCUGGGACAGCUGCAGGUGGAGGUGGAGAACUUUGUGCUGAAGAUGGCGGCUGAGUUUCCCUCCAGACGAGAUCAGCUCAUUUUUCUAAUCAACAACUACGACAUGUUGCUGAGUGUGCUGAUGGAGAGGGCAGCAGACGACAGCAAAGAGGUGGAGGGUUUCCAGCAGCUGCUUCUGGCCAGGACCCAGGAGUUCAUAGAGGAAAUCCUGUCUGCUCCAUUUGGGGGAAUGAUUGUGUUUGUGAAGGAGGCCGAGGCACUGAUGGAGAAAGGGCAGCUGGACAAACUAAAGAACGAUGAAGCGCGGAUCAGCCAGCUGGUGCGUGGCUUCUCCUCUUCUUGGAAACAGUCUGUGGAGGCCAUGAGUCAGGAGGUCAUGAGGUCCUUCACCAACUUCAAGAAUGGCACCAGUAUAAUCCAGGGCGCGCUGACCCAGCUGAUCCAGUACUAUCAUGGCUUCCACAAGGUCCUGAACCAGCCCACCUUCAGAGCUUUGGCCGUCCGCUCUGAGCUCAUCAACCUGCACCACCUCAUGGUCGAAGUCAAGAAGCACAAGCCGAACUUCUGA